AUGCAGUCGCGUGAAGGAGAGACCGUGGAGUUCAUCAAGCCUGCCCGCAGCCAAACGACUUGCGAUCGGUCUGGUGGCAUCAGGCUGGGAACUCUCUUCACCGCAGACGGAAAGAUCAGCGAGGAGGCCACGAUGGCUUGGGUCUCCAAGUACCCCUGCCAGGUGCUGUUGAUGGCGAUCUUGGCCGACUGGUGUCAGAAGAUCGAAGUGGCGCUGAGUGCUGGCGGGGACGUGGAGAAAGUCCUCGCGCGGGCCGUCGAGCAGCUGUCCUUCAUGGCAGGGAAGGUCAUCACGAACAUCAGCAACGACGUUCGCCAGAAGCUUGCGCAGAUGAUAACCGAGGUGGUUCACCAGCGAGAUGUCUCGCGACAGUUGAUUCAGGACAAGGUGGCGUCCCCAAAGGACUUCCAGUGGUUGCAGCUGAUGAGAAUGUAUUGGAACCCCAGUGAGCCGCAGAUUCUGCAACGCCUUUCGAUCUGCAUGGCAGAUGCCAGCUUCUUCUACGGCUUUGAGUAUUUGGGAAUUGCCGACAAGCUGGUCCAGACCCCUCUGACAGACCGCUGCUUCCUGACACUGACCCAAGCACUGCACAUGCGCCUGGGUGCCAACCCGUUUGGCCCGGCGGGCACCGGUAAGACGGAGUCGGUAAAGGCGCUGGGGAACACCAUGGGAAGGUUCGUUUUGGUCUUUUGCUGCGACGAGGGCUUCGACUUCCAGGCCAUGGGCCGAAUCUUCGUUGGCUUGUGCCAAGUGGGCGCCUGGGGCUGCUUCGACGAGUUCAACCGACUUGAGGAAAGGAUUCUUUCGGCGGUCUCUGAGCAGGUUCUAACCAUACAGACUGGGAACAAACAGAACAAGAAGGAGAUCGAGAUCCUUGGGAAGCAGGUGCGGUUGAACUCCAACGUGGGCAUCUUCGUAACCAUGAAUCCCGGCUAUGCCGGGCGCUCCAACCUGCCAGACAACCUGAAGCAGCUCUUCCGGGCCAUGGCCAUGACCACGCCCAACAAGACUCUCAUCGCCCAGGUGAACCUGUACAACCAAGGCUUCAUCAGUGCCGAGAAGCUGGCCAGCAAGGUGGUCUUCCUUUUCGACCUCUGCAAGGAUCAGCUCUCAUCGCAGCCGCACUACGACUUUGGACUGCGCUCUCUGAAGGCCGUGUUGGCCUGCGCCGGCUCCAUGAAGCGCGAGGAGGUCACGAACAUAGGUGCCGAGAAGUUCGGCGAGCUCUCGGAAGACGAGGUGUCGCAGAGUGAGCAGAAGAUUCUACUGCGAGCUAUUUUUGAUACGCUCGUUCCAAAGCUGGUAGCGCAAGACAAGCCGCUGAUGCAAAGCUUGAUCUCCGGUGUCUUCCCUGGCGCGGACGUCGGCAUCGUGGACAAUCAGAUCCUUCAGGAUGAGAUUCGCAGGCUCUGCAAGCUGCGGCACUUUGAGUGCACCGAAAACUUCAUGUUGAAGUGCAUGGAGCUCUUCCAAAUCCAAAGAAUCACUCAUGGUGUAAUGCUGGUGGGCACUGUCGGCACAGGAAAAUCCACUGUUUGGCGAACGCUUCUGGAUGCCAUGGAGAAACUGGAUAACAUUAAAGGAGAUGCCUAUGUCGUGGAUCCCAAAGCAGUCAGCAAAGAGGAAUUGUAUGGCAAGCUGGAUCCAACGACACUGGAGUGGACUGAUGGAGUUUUUACCGACAUUCUGCGGCGUAUUCUUUCAGGACAUCGUGGCGAGAACCAGCGGCGACAAUGGAUAAUGUUUGAUGGUGACGUCGAUCCGGAGUGGGCCGAGAACCUGAACUCAGUGCUUGAUGACAACAAACUGUUGACACUCCCGAAUGGGGAGCGCCUGGCUAUUCCACCGAAUGUUCGGAUCAUGUUCGAGGUGGAUACUCUUAAGUAUGCCACGCUGGCCACAGUCAGUCGCUGUGGUAUGGUUUGGUUUGCCAACGACGUGGUCACACGAGAGAUGCUCUGCAGCCACGAGCUGAAAUCGAUCAAGCAUGGCAACCUCGAGUCCGAGAGCCAGAAGAAAGACGACGGAGCUCACGAAGGACUUCCCAAGGAGCAGAGGACGAAGGUGAAAUGCAUCGAAGCCUUGGAGCCUUUGUUCGAGAAAGGCUCUCUCGUGCUCUCCGCCCUGCAGCUUGCUUUUGAGAUGGAUCACAUCAUGACUUUUACUGCCAUCAGGGCCUUGACUGGCUUGUUUUCCAUGGUCCGCAAGGGCAUCAACAUGAUUCUGGAGUACGAUGAAGUUCAUGAAGAGUUCCCGUUGGCAGAUGAUGUAUUACAAUCCUUCAUGCGCAAAUACCUGGUCUUUGCUAUUUGCUGGUCGUUUGGAGGCGACAUGUUUCUCAACACACGCAUGAAGUUCUGCGAGAUGUUGGCGGGGCAUCUGGGGGACAUUCCGGCUCCGGACGGCCUUGGCGGCGACACCACAUUGCUCGACUUCGAGGUCCGCGUCGAGGAUGGGCAAUGGUACCACUGGGACAAGAGGGUGCCGACUUUGGACAUUGAUCCCGAGAAAGUGGCCGACAGCAGCUUGAUCAUCUCGACGGUCGACACUGUGCGACAUACCUCCACUCUUGCAGCCUGGCUGGAGGAGCGGAAGCCCUUCAUUUUGAGUGGCCCUCCCGGCAGCGGCAAGACAAUGACAUUAAUGUCGACCAUGAAGGCCAUGGCAGGCAGUCUGGAGCUUGCAUCCUUGAACUUCUCGGCGGGUACGACUCCCGAGCUUUUGCUGAAGACCUUCGACCUGUACUGUGAGACCGUGAAGACCCCGAACGGCCUCGUAAUGCGUCCUCUGCAGUUGAAUCGCUGGGUCGUGGUCUUCUGUGAUGAGUGCAACCUUCCAGAACAGGACAAGUAUGGUACACAGAAGGUGAUCAUGUUCAUCCGCCAGAUCACCGAAGCUGGGGGCUUCUAUCGGCCGAGUGACAAGCAGUGGGUCAACGUGGAGCGCGUUCAGUUUCUUGGAGCUUGCAACCCUCCGACGGAUCCGGGUCGCCAUCCCAUGUCUGACCGCUUCCUAAGACACGCUCCUGUGAUCUGGGUGGACUACCCCGGGCCGGACUCCCUGCGCCAGAUCUAUGGCACCUUCAAUCGUGCCAUGCUGAAGCUGCAACCGCAGCUCGACAAGAGUUGCUCCGAGGGCAUGACGAACACAAUGGUGCAAUUCUGGCGGGAAAGCGCGCAGAAGUUCACGUCCGACCAGCAGCCCCACUAUCUCUACUCUCCACGUGAGCUCACUCGUUGGAAGACAGCUCUUUAUGAGUGCAUGCGAUACUGGGAUGGCAUGACUCAGACAAAUCUUAUCCGUCUCUUGGUGCACGAAGGUCUGCGGAUCUUUGUGGACCGUUUGGUGCAUGAGGAGGAGCGAGAUUGGAGCGAGGAGCUGCUGGACGAGGUUGUGCAGAGAGAGUUUGGUUGUAGCGCCGACGUGCUCCAGCGUCCAAUUCUAUUCAGCUGUUACCUGGAUGAGCAGCACCGUUAUCGCGAUGAGACGAGAGAAAACCUGCGAGAGUUCGUGAAGGGCAAGCUCAGCAUCUUCUAUGAGGAGGAGCUGGACGUGCGCCUGGUUAUCUUCGAUUCUGUGCUGGACCACAUCGUUCGCAUGGACCGGGUCCUGAGGCAGCCCCUUGGGCACCUCCUGCUCGUGGGGGCAUCGGGUGCUGGCAAGACGGUUCUCUCCAAGUUUGUCUCCUGGCUGAAUGGGCUGAGCGUGUACACCUUGAAGAUCGGGCGGAACUACGACGUCCUCGCCUUCGAGGCUGACGUGCGCGUGGUCAUGAAGCGUGCUGGCGUGAAGGGCGAGAAGAUCACCUUCAUCUUCGACGAGUCCAACGCCUUGGGUCCGGCGUUCAUUGAGAGGAUGAACGCGCUCCUGGCCUCGGGGGAAGUGCCGGGACUCUUCGAGGGCGACGAGUACACGGCGCUCAUCCACGAAUGCCGUGGCGCAAACAUCCAGGGUGUCGAUGAUGCAGAAAUCUUCGCACGUUUCACGAAGCAAGUCCAGCGCAACCUGCACAUCGUCUUCACGAUGAACCCCGCGAAUCCCGACUUCUACAAUCGGUCGAACUCCAGCCCGGCGUUGUUCAAUCGCUGUGUCAUCGACUGGUUUGGGGACUGGCCACAGGAGGCUCUUCUGCAGGUGGCCGCCGACUUCACCGCCAGCAUGCAGAUUGGUGAAGAUACCUUCACGGGUGGCUGUACUGGGGCUGGCGAGGAGAAGGAUGCUCUUCGACAUCAGAAGCUGUCGGAGACGAUUGUGGCAUUCCACCAACAGGUGGACCAGACCAAUGUGGACCUGAAGAAAAGCGCCCUGAGAUACAACUUCAUCACGCCUCGCGAUUUCCUCGACUUCAUCAACCACUUCAUCGGAUUGAUGACAGAGAAGCGCGACGAAGUCUUGGACCAGCAAAGCCACAUCGAUGGAGGCCUGAAGAAGCUCAAGGAGACCGAGGACCAAGUGGCCAACCUGCAGAGCGGCUUAGCCGAGAAGGAGAAGAUGCUGACGGCCAAGAACAAGGAAGCGGAAGAGAUGAUGUCCCAGAUGGUCAAGGGCCAGGGCGAGGCCGAGGAGCGGAAGCAGGCGUCACAGAAGCUCCAGGUGGACUUGGCGGAGCAGAGCAAGGUCAUCGACGAGAGAAGGGGGGAGAUUCAGAAGAAGAUCGAGGAGGUGGAGCCUGCCUUGGAGGCCGCCAAGAGCGCCGUGGGCGCCGUGAACAAGCAGGCCCUCGACGAGCUCCGGUCCAUGAACAAGCCCCCGGAGCACGUGAAGAUGGCCAUGGAGGCGGUGAUCCUCAUGGUCCGGCCGGACAUCCCGCCGGCCACCAUCAACUGGGAGGCGGUGCGCAAGGUGAUGCGGGAUGCGAACUUUAUUCCCAGUAUUCUGGAGUACGAUGCGGAGCAGCUGAAGGAUGCCACGAGGGAGACACUCAAGAAGAAGUACAUCCAAAACAAGGGAUGGGACGUGUCGCGGAUCAAGCAAGCUUCCCGCUGUGCUGGCCCAGUGGCUCAGUGGGUAGAAAGCCAACUGCAGUUUGCGGAUCUCCUGAACAUGAUGGAGCCCAUGAGGAAUGAGCUCCAGCAGAUGCAGCAGCAGGCGGACAAGAACAAAGUAGAGCUGCAGGCGUGCGAGAAGGAGGUUGCAGAGAUGGAGAAGAAAAUCCAGCAGUAUAAGGAGCAGUAUGCGCAGCUGAUCACCUCCGUGGAGCAGAUCAAGCACCAAAUGCAGCAAGUUCAGAAGAACUGCUCAAGAUCAACCCAGCUUCUUACCGACCUGUCAUCAGAGAAAGUAAGAUGGCAAGGCUCUUCCAAGGGAUUUCAGGAGCAGACGGCCAGCAUGAUCGGGGAUGUUCUGAUUUGCGGUGCCUUUUGCACCUACAUUGGCUUCUUUGACCUCUUCAUGCGUCAGCGAGUUAUCCAACUCUGGCGAGAGAAACUGGAUGAAGCCGAAAUCAAGCAGAAGGAGGAUAUUUCCAUCAUCGAAUACCUGUCCAAGCCUUCCGAGCGCCUGCAGUGGAAGCAAAAUGCACUUCCAGAUGACGACCUUUGCUACGAGAAUGCCAUCAUCAUGCGGCGAUUCUUGCGAUAUCCGUUGAUCAUCGACCCAUCGGGUCAGGCGAUUACGUUUCUGAGCAACGAGUUCAAAGACAAGAAGCUCCUGAAGACAUCCUUUGUGGAAAACAGCUUUAUGAAGAGCCUGGAGACCGCGCUUCGCUUUGGAGCCCCGCUCAUUGUGAUGGAUGUGGACAAGGUGGAUCCUAUCCUCAACAAUGUGCUCAACCGGGAGACCCACAAAAGCGGGCCGCGGGUGCUGAUCACUCUCGGCGAUCAGGACAUAGAUUUCAGCCCCGCCUUCGAGAUGUACAUGUGCACCCGCGACUCCACAGCGCAAUUCACGCCUGACCUGUGCAGCCGAGUGACCUUCGUGAACUUUACUGUGACGCCGUCGUCGCUGCAGAGUCAGUGCAUGAACGCGUUGCUGAAGUCCGAGCGACCGGAUGUUGACCGAAAACGGGAGGACCAACUGAAGCUCCAGGGCGAGUGCAAGGUGAAGAUGCGCGAGCUGGAGGAGCACCUUCUCCAUGCCUUGUCGAACGUCGAAGGCUCCAUCUUGGAGGACGAGAAAGUCAUCGCGACCCUCGAGAAGAUCAAGAAAGAGUCAUCAGAGAUCCAGGAGAAGCUGGGCCAAACCGAUGCGAUCAUGCAGGAGAUCAACGAGACGAGCGCACUGUACGACACCGCCGGGGAAGUUGCGGCCAACCUCUACUUCAUGCUUCAGCGCAUGGGGAGCAUGCACACGCUCUACCGCUACAGCCUGGCCUUCUUCUUGGAGGUCUUCGAGGCGUCGAUCAAGACGGAGCUCAGCAAGGACCUGGGCUACGAGAAGCGCCUGGAGGCCAUUCUCGUGAAGCUUUUCAGCAACCUCUUCCUUCGCGUGGCCCCGGGCCUCCAGGAAGCAGACGUCCUGGUCUUCGGCCUGCAGCUUGCGCAGGUGAGGGCAGACAGCCUGGGAGCGCUGGCGUUUUCGAAGCCGGAGCUGGACCAGCUGCUGAAAGGCGCCGCCGUGGACGUGCUGAAGUCUGCUUCCGCACCCCUGGCCGAGCAGUGCCGGGAGGUGCUGAAGCCCAAGCUGAACAACCAACAGCUGAAGGGCUUGCAGGAUCUCCAUCUGCUGCCGUGCUUCGGUGGCUUGGUGGGGAACAUUCAGGCCAAAGAGACCGAGUGGCUGAAGUUUCUGGAGCACCUGGAGCCGGAAACCGUCAUGCCCAGCGGAUGGGAGAAGUCUCAGGAGGACUCGGAGACCAGCCGCCUCCUGCAAAAGACCUUGAUCAUCAAGGCCUUGCGGCCGGACCGGCUGAUCUUCGUGUGCACCCAGUUGGUGGAAGUGGUGCUUGGGAAGGGUUUCUUGGACCUGCCGGCCUUCAACUUGGCAGAGAUCAUUGCGAAGGACAGCAAGGCCUCGUCGCCGAUCAUGAUGGUUUCAGUGCCCGGCUUCGACCCCAGCGGGAAGGUGACGGAAGUGGCGCAGGCACAGAAGAAGUCUUUGCAGUCCGCCGCAAUGGGGUCCGAAGAGGGGUUCAAUGUGGCAGACAAAGCCAUCAAAGCAGCAUCGAAUGCAGGCAGCUGGGUGCUGCUGAAGAACGUUCACUUGGCAAUCAAGUGGCUUUCAGAGCUUGAGAAGAAGCUUUACGGCAUGAACCCGCAGCAGAACUUCCGGCUCUUCCUUACCAUGGAGUUCAAUCCCAGGAUACCCGCCAAUUUGAUCCGCCUCUCCCGCGUCUACGUCUUCGAGCCACCUUCCGGAGUCAGGGCCUCGCUCCGGCGCUCCUUCGCGCAGGUCCUGGCGCCGGAGCGCACGGAUCGGCAACCGGUGGAGCGCUGCAGGCUUCACUUUCUGCUGGCCUUCCUGCACGCGGUCGUGCUAGAGCGGCUGCGGUUUUUUCCGGUAGGCUGGAGCAAGAAAUACGAAUUCAGCGACGCAGAUCAGACGUGCGGCCGCGACAUCAUCGAUGCGUGGGUUGACAGUGUUUCGAACCAGGGGCAGCUGUCCAACAUCAGCCCGGACAAGAUCCCUUGGGAUGCCAUCCGAUCCAUCCUGAGCGAGUCCAUUUAUGGCGGCCGAGUGGACAACGAGUUCGACCACGCUGUCCUGAAGGCCUUCAUCCAUCACCUUUUCCGGGCAGAGUCCUUCGAUGCUGAUUUUUCUUUGAACAUGGAGUCUGCAAAGGACCAGUGCCUGCGAUCCCCGGAUGGCCGGAAACGAGAUCAGUUCCUGGAGUGGAUCGACAAUUUGCCUGCAAAGGGUAGCCCGACAUGGGUUGGCUUACCGGUGCACGCGGAGCAGAUGCUGCGCAUCAACCGGGCGAAUCACACCCUGGCGCGUUGGCUGCUCCUGCAAGGGAACACCGGGGCGUUGAAAGGCGAGAAGAAGGCCGAGGGCCAAAAGAGGAGAGCUUCUGCUCUGAUCAACCCGUUGGCAGACUUGGGAUCGAAGGUGAGACAAAUGAUCGCAAACCUGCCGGAGUCCUUGGAAGAGAUGCAGCGCAGUGCAGCGUCGCUCCAAGAUCCGCUCUGGCGCUGCUACGACCGAGAGGUCGGCUUCGGGAGGUCCCUCUUGAAGAAGGUUCGACAAGACCUGUCCUUGCUGUCUGCCGCCUGCGACGGAAGUGCAAAGAGCACCAACGACGUCCGGCAGCUCAUUCAGGACUUGACGACAGACCAGGUGCCAAAGUCAUGGCGUCAGUUCGCGAUGGCAGAGGUCACUGCCACGGAGUACUUGGCCGACCUCGUGAAGCGCCUGGAGCAGCUGCGCAGCGUCGUGCAAAGCAGCUCGCUGCAGCAGGUGCAGCUCUGGUACGGGGGCCUCUUCUUCCCGGAAGCCUUCCUGACGGCCUCCCGCCAGGCGGUUGCGCAGCAAAAGCAGGUGUCCUUGGAGGAGCUCAACCUCUUGGUGCAGAUAGGUGGCUCGGCUCUCUCUGGAGAUGAUGUUUUCCACAUGACGGGGCUCCAAAUGGAGGGUGCGGCCUGGGGUGAUGGGCAGCUCUCCGUGACCGACGAGCUUUCCGUUGCCUUGCCCGACACGUGGCUCCGCUGGGUCCACGUCGACUCGGCAGAGUUCAAGCAGACAUCUGACCACUUGCGAGUUCCGGUGUACUUAAACACCAGCCGAAGCAACCUUAUCAGCGCCUUCACCGUGAAGUCGCCCAAGGAUGUGCCGAACGCAGUGUGGGUACAGCGCAGUGUGGCCAUCACCAUCUGGACAAAGCAGUGA